AUGGAUGGUGGACUUCCCAGUGUGGAGAGACCAUGGAAUCCUUCUGACUCUGAGCAACCUCGUGCUGUGGGGGAUGGGGCCGGGGUUCAGAGGGAGAAGACAUUUCCCUGUUCUGAGUGCGGGGAAGGUUUUAGUUCUGUACUACGUCUUCAGGUACAUCAGAGAUCUCACACGGGUGAAAAGCUUCAUUCCUGUUCUGAGUGUGGGAAAUGUUUCCUUCAUAAAUCAGAACUCAACAUCCAUUACAGAUCUCACACGGGAGAGAAGCCGUAUUCCUGUCCAGAGUGUGGGAAAUGUUUUCUUUGUAAAUCCAAAUUGGUUCGGCAUUACAGAUCUCACACAGGUGAGAAGCCACAUUUCUGCCCCGAAUGUGGAAAAUGCUAUACACGGAAAUCACACCUUUUAAGGCAUCAGAGGUCCCACACGGGGGAGAAGCCGUAUUUCUGCCCUGAGUGUGGGAAAUGCUUUUUACAGAAUUCUGACCUUGUUAGACAUCAAAGAUCUCACACAGGCCAGAAGCCUCAUGCCUGCCUCGAGUGCGGACAUCAGAAAUUGCAUGUAGACAAGUUGUAUUCUUGCCCAGAGUGUUUGAAAUGUUUUCCGUCGGAAUCAGAGCUUCUAGCACAUCAAAUAUUCCACACCAAGAAGAAGCCAUAUUCCUGCCUUGAGUGCGGGAAAUGUUUCUCAAAGAUGUCUCUUCUUAGCAGACAUCAGAGGAUUCAUACAGGUGAAAAGCCGUAUCCCUGCCCUGAGUGUGGGAAAUGUUUUUCUCAAAAGUCCAGUGUUGCUGCACAUCAGAGAUCUCACACAGAAAAGCCACAUUCCUGUCCUGAGUGUGGGAAAUGUUUUUCACAGAAGGUCCACCUUUCACGACAUCAGAGAUCUCACACGGGCGAGAAGCCGUAUUCUUGCACUGAGUGCGGGAAAUGUUUUGUUCGUAAAACAGAACUGGACACGCAUUACAGAUCUCACACGGGGGAGAGGCCGUUUUCCUGCCCUGAGUGUUGGAAAUGUUUUUCAGACAAGACCAGUCUUUCCAGACACGAGAGACUGCACACCGGCAAGAAGCCGUAUUCCUGCCUCGAAUGCGGAAAAUGUUAUAUACAGAAAUCAGAACUUGUCAGACAUGAAAGAUCUCACACGGGAGAGAAGCCGUUUUCCUGCCCUGAGUGCGAGAAAUGUUUUUCAGAUAAGAGCAGCCUCACCAGUCAUCAAAGAUUGCACACAGGUGAGAGGUUUUAUUGCUGCCCUGAGUGUGGGAAAUCUUUUUCACGGAGGACUCACCUUACCAGACAUCAGAGAUUGCAUACUGGAGACAAACUCUAUGUCUGCCCCGAGUGCGGGAAAUGUUGCACAGAAAAAUCAGAACUUGUCGCACAUCAGAGAUCUCACACGGGGGAGAAGCCAUAUUCCUGCCCCGAGUGCGGGAAAUGUUUCUCACAGAAGUCCAAUCUUAAUAUACAUCAGAGAUUGCACACGGGCGAGAAGCCGUAUUCUUGUCCUGAGUGCGGGAAAUGCUUUUCGUGUAAGUCCAAUCUUUCUGAACAUGAGAUAUGCCACAUGCGGGAUAAGCUCUUUUCCUGCCCUGAGUGUGGGAAAUGUUUUCCCCGGAACUCAGAACUGGUCAAACAUCGACAAUCUCACAUAGAGACCGCAACCAUGCCUUGA